CCGAUAGUACAACUAUGGAAUUAAAUUUGACAAUUUGUGCAUUUUGUGUAUUGACCUUUUCGGUGACGGUACUAAACGGUUUUCCAAAUGGCGCGCCAGCGGAUGCGUGCGUGAAGAAACGCGUGAAUCAGCCCCAUCAUGGUGAAGCACGCUCACAGCCUUUACAUACAAAUCCUUUUGAAGUGGUAGCCAGCGCACAAUACUAUCAUCCUGGACAGGAAAUUUCUGUUGUAAUUUAUCCUCGUGAUCAGAAUAAACUUUUUCGCGGUUUCCUCAUACAGGGCCGUGAUGUGGAAUCAAAUGAAUGGAUUGGUGAAUUUAUACAAAGCGAAAAUACAAAUUCCAUUCCAGAGUGCUCAGCUAUAACACAUUCAGAUAAUCGAGACAAAUUGGGUGCUAAAUUCAUAUGGAAAGCUCCGCAACAUAAACGUGGUCGGGUUUACUUCACGUAA